CGCCAAACAUCUGCGGCUGUUUUAAUCGGUUAACUUGUGCCACCCGUGAGGACUGGUUUUACGGAUACCGAACGUGGGGCACAUGGUUUGCGGGCUGAUAAAAGAAUCGUUUAAACAAUGUGGUGUUAUGCAGUUACUUUCGUGAUUCCAGUGAUCUGUCAUGGACAAUUUUAGUUCGAUGCGUUCGCCGUUCCUUUUCGCCUUUCUACUUCGUUUUGUAAAUUUAUCGUGCAUUCAAUUUAUUUGUUCGUUCCGAAAAUUGAUUGAUCCGAGGGGACUUUCCGUCGGGCGGAAUAAAAAUCACGUAACAUAAGUUUUUGCUGUCAAACAAUACUCCUAAAAUGUCAACUGACUGUUGAGAAAACUGUUGACCAUUUGUUCAGCUAGUUUGUGAUAGUUCCCGUAACAUUUAUACUUGUUUUCCUAAGGUGUACUUUGCAUGUUUUGUGUUAAAAUUAAUCUGUUAAAAAAAAGAGUAUCUGAAUGUUUAAAAUUGAGUAAAUGACCUUGAGGCAAAUAUUACACCCAUCACUUUUUUAAAAUAAGGUUAGGUUCCACUUUACUUCAACAAUCACCAUAUUUAAUACCAUGCAUGGCUACGUGUACAUGAAUGGGGAUGUUGGCAAACUGCCUUCAGGGGCGGUGUACACCACCACCCCUGAGACAGGUGCCUCCAUGGGAUCCUCCGAGUAUGUGGCCCUCAAUGGUGUAGCAGAGGGAGCUGAGGGACUAAGCCCUGUUCCUCCCUCAGCUCCCCAAGAUAAUGCCUCUUCAGCCUUUUCCUUGCCCCAGUUGAAACAGAUGCUGUCACAGCAACUGGAAUAUUACUUCUCUAGAGAGAAUUUAGCAAAUGACACAUAUUUAUUGUCGCAAAUGGACAAUGAUCAGUAUGUGCCCAUUUGGACCGUCGCAAAUUUUAAUCAAGUGAAAAAGCUCACCAAAGACAUUAAACUCAUAACGGAGGUGUUGCGUGAAUCACCCAACGUACAGGUGGACGAGGACGGCGUAAAGGUCCGGCCCAAUCACAAACGCUGCAUAGUUAUAAUACGCGAAGUACCCGACAAUACUCCCCUGGAAGACGUCAAGAACCUAUUCGCUGGCGAGAACUGCCCCCGCUUCAUUUCGUGCGAGUUUGCGCACAACAGCUCGUGGUACGUGACGUUCGAGUCGGACGAGGAUGCGCAACGUGCCUACCGCUAUUUGCGCGAGGAAGUGCGCGAGUUCCAGGGCAGGCCGAUUAUGGCCCGCAUUAAGGCUAAGCCGAUGAAUAGGCUGCCGAUGCCGCCCGUUGUUAAGAACGGCUUCCGGGCCACGCCACCCCCGACUGCCGUUUACGAUCCCGGUGCGUUCCCCCCCGGACAACAGAGGUUCAUCUAUACGAACGGCACGCCCGGUCAGCAGGUCACGUUCAAUCAUGUACCGGUAUAUCCCCCUUAUGGUACACAUCAGUUCUACCCAUGGCCAACAACGGCAACAGGCGCCUUCCUGGACAUAAGCGGUGUAUUUUCCGUGAACGGUCUAGCCCCCCAAACCUACAAGCAAUCAUACAGACCGAACAACUCGAGACCCCGCAAGACUAGCAGGGUGGGCGUGUCCAGUGAGCAACUACAAAACACACAACAGAGCGGCAGCGGAGCAGUCUCAGUGCAUGGUGGCAACAGUGGACAGAGCAGUUCACAAUCAAGACCAAUAUUAAAUCAGGUGCCUCCAUCUGUAUCCCCACAGUCAAAUUCCAAAAGUUCCGGUGGCAAAGGUGCGGCUGGAAGUGAGAGUAGUCGAUCCGGAAGUGCUUUAGUGCACACGGUUCCCAGUGACACGCACGACGCUCAUGCAGGACACAUUCCUGUGGUGUAUGUUCCAGGAGGCAUGCCAGUAAUAACCCCAGAGUCGCUGAUGGACAUGUACAGGUAUAUGCCAACUGCCCAACCCAUACCGCUUGUGCCAGCAACUGGUGCAACGAACAUAGCCGGUGGUUCCAGUGCCAUUGGCACCAAGGACAUUGUGAUGGCGCCACGCCAUCGACGGAAAAAAGACAUCGGAACUGGAAGUGGUGGUUCGAGAGAGGAGGCAGCCAACGGAGGCACCGCCCAGCAGACACUGGCGUCAACGCAGGCUCAAUCUAAGGAGUCGAAGCUCGCUCAGUUUGACCUCGUAGGGGAGGCGUUUCCACCAUUGCCUGGUUUGGAUGUUGGUGCACAAUCAUCUGUAAAACAGUCUCAGACAGGCGGAAGCGGUUCUGAAUCGGGACAGUCGCACGCCUCUAGCGACGGACUAAUUCAUCAAACUGUCUUGUCCACACCUCACGGUCACUGGGGAGAGAAUAGACUGGCCGAUGUGGUCAAAGGCACUGCCAAAUCGAAAGGACAAGGCGGCGGUAGUGUUAAUAGUGGAGUAGGCAGCAAGGAAUCGAGUAGCGCCGGAGAGACCGACAGUCCAAGGGCGAUCUCUCCGCAGAACUGUGCUAAUAAUACAAACAUUGCGUCCACCACUACUGGCGGUACCACGCAGUGUAGCUUUCAGCAGGUUGCUUUGGCGCGGCAACCUUCGAUAGGAGCCACCGCGUUGGAAGUAAAAGAAGUUCCCGUUUCGAACGACGGCGGGGACAUUCAACUCAGCACGGUCACAUUAACGCCUCCCAGUUCACCUGAAAAACCACUUCCAGCGGCGCUGGCGGUUAAAUGCACAAUGGCAGACAAAUCGACGAAGACGGAUGAUGCGUUGCUUAACGGCGACCUAGAUUCGGUGGCCUCUCUAUCGUGUCCGACGACAACAAAUGCAGCCACAAUGACCACCACGGUGGUCCAGACGGAGACCGUGGCGAUUUCACGAUCUACUGCUAGUGCACAAGUAGUUGGAAGUAAUGCCCAACAAAAGGCUCAUCACUCUCACGUUCCUUCUUUGCAUAGACAGGACUCUAGACAGCCCCAACCUCCUUCUCCACCUCCCAUGGACUACUCCAGCAACCCACCCCGAAUGAGUUAUGCGCAAGUAGCACAGCACCACCGGGAUGCGGCACAUGCUCAAAAGGAGAAGCAAAUGAAAGGUGAUCGGGGAGGAUCACAAGACAUUGCAGUAGCUACAUCCGUUAAAGGAACGUCGACUACCGGCUCAAAUACUGGCUCGGCACGGGUUCAAGGUGAAAGGGAAAACAGGGAUAACGGUCAGCAAACGAGAGGAGGGGACACGAAUACGAAUGCGAGUAACCAACAGCAGCAGCAGCAGCAGCAGCAGCAACAGCAGCAGCAGCAGUCCCAGAGGCACGGCGUGAGCCGCAACAACAGCAACGCCAGUUCGAGGGCCGGCCACGAGAGGGCGCAGCAGUCGCGCAGGCGUGCCGAAGUGCGCACCUCCCAGUUGCGCGACUUCGUCGCACCGCGCUCCCCCAAGUAGCACGCAAUGACAACUGGUAUAGUGUUCCGAGUUGAAACAUCGAACGGUGGCGUCGUUUUGAUUUGCCACCGUCAAUCGUAGCGACAUCUCAAAACUUGUCCAACCAACCGACCGACCGGACGUACUCUUUUGUGUUGUUCCCUCACUUGACGUUUGUGCGAGUCGAAUGUUCCUAUCCCGAGAAAUAUGCACUGUUUACAAAAAAAAAUAUGUUUAAGUCAAUGUUAGUGCUGUACAAUGAAAAAAAAAUUAUCGAGUCAGCAGCAUAUGAAAAAAAAUGAAUGUGUGUGUGACGAUUCGAUCCUCGACAACGGAUAAUCAUCUUGUUUGAGCCGCCGUUUAUUCUCCAUAAUUGUACAGGCUGAUGUUAAAAAUUAUUUUUGACAAAUAAUUACCAUUUUAUGUAUAAGCUGUAUAGGGGGAGUGUAGGUCUAGUGUAUAUUGUUGUUGGGUUUUAACUUAGCUACGCAUUCCGCUGUUGCUCAGUCACGGUCGAGGAACUAUUUUAAACGAUUGUAAAAUAAUCAACAGUGGUAGUAGAUAAUUCAUAUUAUGGAAAGUAUAUUAUAUCAGUUAUUCUGCUUUAUCUAACACAUAUUUUUCUAGUAUUAAGUGCGAGUAAUCAAUAUAACAGUAUAUGCAAAAUUAAUUAAUUAUUGAUAUUUUUAGAGUUAUAUACGUACUAUCAAUGGUAUGUAGUUUUAUUAUUUGCUACUUUUAUUUUCAUAAUAGAUUAUGUGUUAUAUGUAUUUUUUUAAUCCAUUUUGUUUAUUGUUGAUUUCUAAGUAUUUAUAUCGAAAACGUGGUGGUAUGUGUCUGUGACUACAUACUCCCACACAAAUAUCCCAAAAAGACUUGAACAUAUAGUGCAUAAUUGGGGGAGAGUGAUCACUAAAACUAAAGCAAGAACAAAUCAAAAUUUUUCGUGGGCAAGACCCAAAUUUUCUUACUAAACUGACUGUAUAAAAAUAAUCAUGUUGUGGAAUUGAAAAAAAUACAGUAUACAGUGUCUUGUACCCUGAUUUCUAAUGAUACAUGUGAAUAAAACGCUGUUGUAACUCGCAUUGAAAUCAGCAAAGCUCAAAUUAAUAAAUAUUACUUUCGUUGUUCAUCCUUUGUUAAAUUUACUCUGUAUAGUUUUGUUUAAUUUCAAUGUGACUUGAUCACUGGCGUAAAUUGUAUUGUUACUUAUAGGCUGUGUAUGUACAUAACGAACCUAUAGUGUCAGAGCAACAGUUUGGAUUGUGUUAAUUUUUCAGUUAUCAGUAUAUAAGUUAAUUUAAGACUGUUAGCUGAUUAUAUUUAAGAUUGUUAAUUUGAUCAAUCCCUAUAAAGUGCUUUGGCACAUGCACCCCAUUUUUCUUUUAAAAAAGGACGGACCAAAAGAAUGGAAGAAAAUUUGUUUUGGUUGUAAUUUGACCGUGUCCAAAUAAGAUUUUAUUUUUAAAUUGUGACCGAAAUUGAUUUUCUUACUUUUCACUUCACUUGGCCGAGCAUAUUAGACUAUGUAUUGUUACUUUUGAACGUAAAUGAACAAUAGUUGUUAAGUAUUGAUCAUCGUAAGUGGUCAUAAAAAUAUAAAAAUAAAAUAAAAAGGUGUAAAAAUAACGAAAUAUUGCUUCAAAUAAGCUUCGUCUCUAAUAUGUAUACAUGGUGAAUUUUUAAUGGAAGGACUUAUUUCUGCUAUAAUAUAUUGUUAAAAAGUUGCAGUAGUACGAGUAAUUUUAUUUAUGAAAUUUUGGACGACCAGUUGUGUGUUACAUCAACGAAUGCAUGCCCCAAACAUGACAAAUAAUAUGACAUUAGUGCAGGACGUUUAGUCAUGACUGAUUUUAUUGAUUUUUGAGUUUAUACAAUUAUAAAUUCUACUUAAAGCUGAAAAUGGAUCAAAAAUUACUUUUCACUUCUGUUUGAGUGAGUGAACUUUGAAUGCUGGCAGAAAGUUUAUUUUUAAAAAAUUAUUUAUUUAUUUAUGGAAUUGGAGUAAAAAGUAAAACGUUAUUGUAUCCAUUUAAAUUGGAAAAAAAAUCUCAAUUUCUUUGACUUGUAAUAGUUUCUAAAAAUCUAAAAUUUUACAAAUAAAAUACUUCAAUGUUAUACUUUCUUCAUUGUAAAUUCACAGUGUAUUUGUCUAGUAUGUUUGUGAUAUAUGGGGUGUGUUUUUUUUUAGCACAUUUAUGUAUAUUUACCUAAAUAUUAGUUACAAUUUUGCUAUGUUUAUUUUUGUGUGCAAGUUUCUAUUAUUAUAAUUCCUAUUAUAUAUCUAUUUGUUUUGCUUGCAGGGGUGUUACAUUUUUUUUUAUUUGUAAUGCUCAACUACUUUUAUAGUAACAAUAAAAUUGUAACGUUACAUAACGUUGCUAAAAACGAUUUUAUCUGGGGUUUUUACUUUUAUAUUAAAUUAAUUUAAGAGUCCUUUAUUAAGUUUCCAUGAAGUAAUUUUAAACAGACUGGAUUUUAGACAUUGUUUAUUUUUUACUCCUAUGAUAAAAAUUUGCACGCUUAAAUUAUUGUAUAAUUUUAAAAUUAUGGAAGUUAUCAUUUUGUUUCUAGUCUAAUAUUUGUAUGUAUUUUUUUGAUUUUUCAAUAUAGUUCGUUAAGUUUGAGAAUAAAGCAGGUGAUGGGGUUUUAUUUAGAGCUUAGUUAUAAUUUUUUGCAAUUAAGAUAUUAAAUAUUAUUGUAUCUCGUCACCUUGUGUUGUUACGUUAUAUAAUCCAAGCACCAUGUCUAAAGUCCAUUUUCACCCCUGCUUUAUUUAUAUGGUUUUUUGAACUGUACUGAUUAAGCUUUCUGAUGAAGAUGUUGCCCAAUUAAAAUUGUUAUAAAAAAAUUGGAUCUUUUUUUAAUUUGGUUUGAAAUGAAAUACCUGAGGGUCAAUUCUUCAACAACGCGUUUAGAUCUUUUCCCCUCGACUCUCAAGGGUUCACAUAGAAUUAUAAUUGAUGAAAAUUUCAACAAAAUUAUGUCUAUUUUUUUUAUGAUCAGGUAAGUUCAUUUCAUAAGUUGAUUCUAUGUGAAUGACGGUGUAGAUCUGAACCGCCGUUGAUGAUUUAUAUGUGGUAUUUACGGUUAAAAAUGAUUUCUUCAUAGUCUUAAGAUGAAUUUGUGAUUUUAACAGGAAUACUUGUCGUUUUGAUGGUAAAGCAAACAUUAUAGAAUUGUCAAUUUAUUUUUCAUUGUUUGCUAUAGUAUCAAUGUCUGUUUGGCCAUCAAAAGUAAAUUUUAAAAUUAAUAAGUAACCUAAGAAAGCUGCUAUAUUUAGAGUUUGGUAAGUAAAUACGUUUAUUGGUUUAUUUACUUGUUUUACAUUAAACUGGUAAAUAAAAAUAGGUCUGUAUAAAUCUGAAUUUAAUACGAAAGUUGUUUGGAAAGGGUUGUUAUUAAAAUUUAGUGAUAAUUAGACGUAUUCAUUCACAUUGGAUUGUAUUAAGAAGGUUACUACUCCAUUCCAUUCUGCAUUGCAUUUGAUUAUGUAAUGUGAUUAUACAGUAGGAAAGGCGUCUGGCCCUUUUGAAUUUAAGGAGAGACAUCAUGUAUGACAUAGACAUUAGAAGUCUGUCCCAUAGUCGCAGAUUUGCUGUCUCCAUUGUUCAUGUUAUCUUUUUCAGGAUUCAGAUGGAUCAUACUCUUUUCGUAUUAGAAUUGAAUCACAAAUUGAAAAAAAUUAAAUUCAGGAUUAACUGCAUUUAUAGUAAAUUUGUAAAAGAUUUAUACAACCUAGACUUAAUUCAGAAACCCAAUCAAAAUAUGUUAUUAUAUUAUUACAAUAUGGCAGCUACAUAACUUAGGGUUAUGACAAAAAUGUUAAUACAAAAAUACUCUAUGCCAAUCAAUUAAACUAUAAUAUAUUUAUAAGUUGAUUAUUUUGAAUUUUUAAUAGUACCUAGACUUCCUACUUUUAGAACAAAGAGGUUCCAAUCGAAGUAAAUUAAGUUGUGAUAACGUUUUUUAUAAAAUGGACCAUUUUUAUGUACGUACGUAUGUACUUGAAUUGGUAGCAAUUAGUUUGUUCUAAGAGGAGGAAAUUCCUUCCAAACCUACGAAACAUACUAGUUUUUCAUUUUUUUAGAAUUUACACUACAUAAAUGAGUAAACACUAAAGAAAAACGAAUUAUAAAUUAUUUAGACUCAAAUAUUAAGAAUCUGUACAUAUUCUUAACACAUAAGUCAUUGUUGUGAUAUCAAUGUGGUGUUGAUUAAAUGUUAUAUUGUAUAAUUAAAAGUGAAGAACUAGUACUUGUACGACUUUUUAUCUAAAAUACACUAGAAUUAUAUUUCUCGUUGUACUAUGUGUUAAAAUUCUAUGAAGUUAAAUGUGCAGAUUAUGUUAUUUAAUGUAUAAAUGUAUAUAUUUAGCAAGGCUCUUAUAAAAUGUGUAUACAUUUUAUAACUAAGCUAUAUGAUCAUAUGAAAGGAUUCUUGAAAGUUGAACUUUCUGCAUGUGUACAAUGUAUUAUUUUUUAAUUGUAUUUUAGGAAAUAGCCUCAUGUGAUUAUUUUGCUCUUGUUAUUUAAUGAUGUGAUUUUAUUGCCAGUAUCCAGAGUGUAAAUUGCAGUAUCAAAAAAAAGCUGAAGCUUCUAUAGUCUUAAAUUAUUUUCUUUACAAAUUGCUAUAUAGAACUGUUGAGAGUUGUGUGAUUAAAAAUUAAGUGUAUUAGACCUAAAAUAAUCACUUAUAAAUUGUAGAAGCUGUUAAGUACUGCAAACUAAAAUUUUCAACGAAUUUAAUUUCGUAUUUGGACCUUAAAUUAGAAAUAAUAACGCAUAAUAUACGUAUAUCCAACAUGAGGCUAUGAAUUAUCACAAAGUAAAGACUGUUGUAUACUAAAAAAUAAAAAAAUAUCAGUAUAACGAAAAAAUAAAAUAAAUAAUCAGAACUCUUUUUUAACAAAGCUUAACUUUUUAAAUGUAGAGCUUCUUUCCACCGAAUGUAAUAUUUUGUAUCAUACUUUAAGCUAUUAUUAAUAAGACGAGGCAAAUAUCGUCCUUUAAUUAAUAGUUGGACCCAAGAUAUUUGCAAUUCGACGUUUGCCAAAUUGAAAAUGAGUUUAAAUAGAUUUUAAAUGUUAAAAUUUUAAUUCAGUCUGUACAAAUCCAUGAAUAUUUUUGUUUGUUCUAUGAAAAACAUAUUUGUAUGUUUAGUAUGACUAUCCAACUUGUUUGAAAUAGCACGUGAAGUUAUUUUAUAUAAAUAAUUUUGCAAAUAUUUUUGGUUGACUUGUGAGUAAGAGUGAUAUUGUGUCUGUACAUACAUUGUUUAUGGUAAUGCCUGCAUAUGUGCGAUGAAAUAUAUUAAAUACAAUACAAUAAUAAAUAUAUAUAUUAUA